ACAACAGUGGAAAGGACAUAUCACGCCACGUUGCUAAUAACGUACCGUCUGGCGUUUUGCGUCACGGACAUCAGCUAGUUUUUAUUUCCCUUCCUCAAUGUUGUGGCCCCGCGCGUUAACGAAGCGGAAAGAGACUGAAAUUCAUGUUAGCAGCCGUUAGCAUUAGCAAGCUAACGCCCGUUGCAAAGCUUAUAAUCAUAUCUUUCUUUAGCUGCUUGCUAACCGUGCGUUUUGGUUCAUACUUUGAUUGUGCGAAACAAAAAUGUAAAUAAACCAAGUGCCCUCCUAACCUGACAUGUUAAUUGUUAGGACACAUUAAAUGGCUAAGACGGGAACUCUGUUGCGUAAUUACAGACAGCUGGUGUGGAAAGUACCUGGCGGAAAUACCGUACCUGCCACUUCAGUUUACAGCAAGUAUUGUCCCUUUUCUCCUCCAAGAACGAGAGCCCACUUUUGAAUGCGGUCUCUCCUUGUCAAUCUUCGCACUUUCAGUUUUGAUUUAUUAAGAAGUCAGUGUCAGGUGGGUUAUAGGAUCGCUCCAGCGAUUUUUCACAUGAAGAUUCUGCUGAUAUAAAGGAGGCACUCGUGUUACCCCUGGAGGAUUAAUUUUUUUUUUAAUUGUUUUGUUUUUAUUGAAUUAUGAACCCUUAAACACCCCCAAAAAGGGAUGUCCAAGAUGGGGGGAGGGGUUUGAGAGCAGGAAUUCCUUGGUCUGUGUGUGUGCGUGUGCGUGUACAUCUGCUAGAGGCAAAUUUUUAACAUGUUUUGUUUGUUCGCAUAACCAUAUGCUAUAUGUUUGAGUUGGAGCGGUUUGGUGGCAUGUCAGAUAUGUGUUUCCUAAGUGUGCAUAACGAUCCUGGGUGAUGUCAUGUUUACGUGUGCAUUUUACUCACGCUGUGUCAUUACUGCAGAGGAUGGAUUUUGUUUGACGUUCAUCUGCGUUAACUGUGGCUAAAAGAGAGAUGCUGACAUUUAGGCAGUUCAAUGUUUAAGUUCAGGUGUGCCUCUUUGCUAGGCAUAGGUAAUAUGGAUGCAAGUAAAGAUUGCAUCAUGGUUGUGGUGAAACAAAGUUUUUGGGGUUUUUUUGCACAAGAGCUCUUAAGCUUUAAUUAUCUUGAUCUAGCUAAGAGCUCCCUCCUCUUUUGCAUCCUUAUCCAUUCGUCUGCUUACCUCUUCGGCAUUACUGAGUGUGUUUGUGUGAGAGAGCAAGACCUUGGGUUUUCUCAAACCCCUCUCCCUCAGAGGGACAUCUCUUUUUCCUUAUCUACUGCACUAAAUUCCCAAAAUGGAAACUCUUCUUCAGCUUAAAAACAAUCAGUUUUUAAUGGGUCUGUUUCGCAAUGGGCCUCCACCUGAACUGCAAUAUGAUAACUCCUCAGAGCUCUUCCGCAUCUCGACCUUUGCUCGAUUCCCAACAUCUGCAGUCACCGAACGAAGUCUGGCAAGAGCAGGUUGGUUCUACACCGGCGUGGGUGACCGCGUGCAGUGUUUCAGAUGUAACGUGACAGCUGAGGGCUGGCAGCCCGGCGACUGUCCAACAGAGAAACACCGACAGCUCUCUCCUUCCUGCUCCUUCAUCCAGAGCCUCCCAUCUACAGCCAACCUCCUCUCCUCUUCUCAUUCCGCCUUCUCCCCUCUCCGCAUUGUCCCAGCGAUACCACUUUCUGGUCCCGGCCCAGCUGCUGCUAACACAGCAGUAAGCCAAGGUGAAGAGCCUGUUGGCUACCUGAAUAUGGCCUUCUCUGCUCCUCCGCCCUCCAGCCCACUGAGCUCGCGAGGUGUUGAGGACAUGUCCCACCAGAGACCAACAUGCCACAACCCAACCAUGCGCAGAGAGCAAGACCGCCUGGACACCUUCCAUUCCUGGACGCUCUCAAUCAUCAUGCCUGCUGAACUCGCCAAAGCUGGCUUCUAUUACCUAGGGCAGGGCGAUCGAGUGGCCUGCUUCAGUUGUGGAGGACAGCUAAGUAACUGGGAGCCAGGGGACAGAGCAUUAUCUGAACACCAGAGGCAUUAUCCAAACUGUCGCUUUGUCCGAGGUGACAGGGCUGACAAUGUGUCGCUAGCUGGUGCAGCAGCAACUGCAUCCUUAGCUGCGAAUUCCCAGAUGUCUUCAGGAGCCACAGUCCUCACCAAUGUGUCCAACCCUGCCAUGCAGCAGAGUGAGGAGAGGCUGCUCACUUUUGUUAACUGGCCAUCACGUAUCCCCGUCCGCCCAGAGCAGCUGGCUAAAGCUGGCUUCUACUAUGUAGGUCGUAAUGAUGACGUCAAGUGUUUCUGUUGCGAUGGAGGCCUGCGAUGCUGGGAGUCUGGAGAUGAUCCAUGGGUGGAACAUGCUAAGUGGUUUCCUCGGUGUGAAUAUUUGCUCCAGGAGAAAGGACAAGACUUUGUUCACCAGAUCCAAGCUCGAUUUCCUCGGCUUUUUGAGCAACUUUUAACAAAUGGAGACAAUAACUCCAGAGAGUUUGUGGAUCCACCAGUGGUUCACCUCGGCCCUGGAGAGGAGCGGUCUGAGGAUGCUGUCAUGAUGAACACCCCCGUGAUAAAGUCUGCUUUAGAGAUGGGCUUUGAGCGAAGUCUAGUCAAGCAAACGGUCCAGAGCAAAAUCCUGACCAGUGGCGAGAACUACAGGACAGUCCAGGAGCUGGUCUCAGACCUGCUGAGUGCAGAAGAUCAGAAAAGAGAAGAGGAGCGAGAGAUGCUGGCAGAGGCGAUGGCAUCAGAUGGCUUCACCUUUGUGAAGAGACACCAGGCAGCUUUGAUCCAACGACUAAAAAGUGUUGAGCCACUGUUUGAGCAUUUAAGAGAUCAGAAUGUGUUGACUGCUGAGGAGUAUAGCGGUCUUCUGGCUCAGACGUCUGCCCAGCAGCAGACUGCCAGGUUGAUAGAGCUCAUCCUCACAAAGGGAAACGCUGCAGCUGAGGUCUUCCGCAACUGGAUUCAGAAAAAUGACGUCCACCUGCUCAGAGAUCUCAUGGCUCAGUCGAACGAAGCUGCAUCACCAAGCCAGGAUCUUUCAGACCUCCCAAUGGAGGAGCAGCUGCGGCGCCUACAGGAGGAGCGUACCUGCAAAGUGUGUAUGGAUAAAGAGGUCAACAUAGUCUUCAUCCCCUGUGGACACCUGGUGGUGUGUAAAGAGUGUGCGCCAUCACUGCGAAAGUGCCCGAUCUGCAGAGGCCUUGUUAAAGGCACAGUUCGAACCUUUCUCUCAUAAGCAGGAGAUCUGCUGUCACAGUUUUAUCAUGUAAAUCUAAUCAAUAGGCAACAGUUUAUAUUUAUUGGAAAGGGUGGCAGGGUAAUGGCCCACCUUUUCUUUUUUUCAACUUGUAUCACUCACAAGUUUGUAGAUUUAUCUACAUAACGAGAUGAAGCUCGCAGACUAACCGUAUCUGAAAGUGAUGUAGAGUUGUAAUGCUCAUGCUUUUACUUAUACUUUACCCUAAACUUAACAAGUCAGAAAAUGGAUAAAAACACAAUGUUCAGUGCAAUCUGUCUACAAAUGACAUGCUUGAAUUUUAAUAAAACAAUCACUUUCAGAGUUA